AGUCUGUGAAAAUCACAUUAAUUUUGAAUAUAUAAAUUUAUUUUGCAUGUCUAAAUGCCCGGAAAGCUAACCACCUGACCUCAAAGUGGAUGCGUGCAAUGCGUGCGGGAGAAUUGGCAACUUUGUUAGAAAUUCAAAUCUGGACGACUCUUGGUCAGGGCAUUGCACUACGGGAAUAGCUUAGAGCAUAUAGUUGUGUGUGUGCAGGAGCAUACAUAAUCUGGUGUCAUUGUGUUUUGGGUCGGAAUACAUUGCGACUGCACUGCAAGUGCAUUGGUAUAUAAAGUGGCGAAUGGCAAACGCGCUCCUCAGUUGCAUUCCACGGAGUCACCAUGAACUCCACACUAUUGGAUUAUUUGCGGAAGCUGCCGGCAGAUCCCGUGCGUCUGCCCAUGUUGGGCACACCUCUGCCAGCGAUUGGCAUAGUUGUGGCUUACCUGCUGCUGAUUUUCAAAGUGGGCCCCAAUUUCAUGAGAACCCGCAAGCCCUACAAUAUACGGAAUGCCAUGUUGAUUUAUAACUUUUGUCAGGUUUUAAUGAACCUCGGAAUUUUUAUAAUGGGCACUUACUAUCUUUUCAUAAAAAAGCUUUACCACUUCAGCUGCAUGGACAUGCUGCCCUGGGAUCAUCCAGAUAAAAGUGUCGAUCGCAUGUUCACCUACGUUUACUUCAUCAACAAGCUAAUUGACCUGAUCGACACCAUAUUCUUUGUGCUGCGCAAGAGCGCCAAGCAAAUCACCGUACUCCAUGUGUACCAUCAUGUAUUCAUGGUUAUGGGUGUGCCACUCACCUACUAUUUCUACGGACCCGGCGGACAAUAUAACCUGAUGGGUUACCUAAACUCAUUCGUCCACGUGGUGAUGUACUCCUACUAUUUUGCAUCGGCUUGGUAUCCGAACGUGAAGAGCACCAUGUGGUGCAAAGAGUAUAUCACUAAGCUGCAGUUCCUACAGUUUGUGAUCCUCUUCGCCCAAUCUCUGCUGACAUUGUGGCUGAGUCCUGGUUGCGGUGUGCCCAAGGUCCUGCAGUACGUUCAGCUGGGGGGUUCCGUUUCCAUGAUGGUCAUGUUUGGGAACUUUUACUAUCAAACCUAUGUCAAAGCCAAGAGCAAACAGCAGUGAUUACCAAAUACAUUGUAGCACUCUUCUUUACGCAA